AGAUGGCUGCGGGGUUAACGGCGGCAGCAGGAGGAGGAGGCGGUGCAGAGAAGCGAAAGAGCCCUUCAGCCUGUGCGCUCGCGCUAUGGCUAGCGGUGGCUUUUGCUCUUGGCCAGUGGACCCAGAUGACACCUUGUUCUUCAGCAGCAAAGAUUGCAGAUGUUGAAGAAGUGUCCUUACCAACAGAACUGUUUGUGGAGUCUGGGACAGAUGCAAAGCUUCCAUGCACAUUCACAUCAUCAGAGGAGAUUAGCACUGCAACAUCUGUUACUUGGAGCUUUCAACCAGAGGGAUCAAAUUCUCGUCCCAUAACAUUUUUCUAUUAUUCAGAUGGGAAAGAAUAUAAUGGAAGGAACACACAAUUCAAUGGCCGAAGCACAUGGGCUGGAGACUUUUACAUGAAAGAUGCAUCCAUCAAGGUAGCAAACAUGCAAGCUAUAGACAAUGGCACUUAUUUCUGUGAUGUUAAGAACCCGCCAGACAUAGUUACUGAGCCAGUGCAAGUUGAAGUUAAAGUUUUGGAGAGAGUGAAAAUGUUGAGCCCUGGAAGAGCAGCAGCAACCCCUGGAAGUACCACAACCACAACCACAACCUCUGGAAACAUUUCACUUAAUGGGGUAUCAUUUUGGCCGCUUGUCCUUCAAUGCUGCUGCAUUUUAGCAUAUUUUCAAAGCUGUUUGUUCUGA